UUCAUGCAGCAGCAAGCAGCGUUGAUGGCAGCGGCAGCGGCGACCCACGGCAGCUACAUGAACCCCAUGGCGGCCCUGGCCACCCAGGUGUCCCACGCCACCCUGGCGAACGGCAUCACCAGCCCCGUCCUCCCCCCCACCUCUGAGUUGAAUGAAGGAAGCCCUCAAAGCAAGAGGGGUUCAUUUUCCCUUGAAGGGCUUCCCUCUCCAUCUGCCAGGGAAGUCUGUGCAAGAUUGGAAAUUGCAUGUCCACCUCUCUCUCCCCCUCGUCCCUGUCCCAUCCACGGGAUCUCUCAUCCACGGGAUCUUUCAUCCAUCCAAUCAUACUUCCAUCCAUCCCAUCGAAUCCCUUCCUUUGAACCUCAUUCCGGGAGCGGGACGCCGACGGGGAUGAACGGGAGCCUGGGCGGCCUGGGUUCGGGAACAGGGUUCGGUAUGGCGGGAUCAGCGGCGGCGGCAGCAGCAGCGGCAGCAGCGGCGACGAACGGCCACGCGGCUCCACCGCCUCCACCAGCUCCAGGUAGCGGGCCGAGCGAUCCCCCCGCCCCUGCCCCACCUUCUCCUUUCACUAAUGGCAUUCCCAUCCUCGCACGUUUCGUAUCCUUCGACAACCCGACGUCGGCACAUUCGGCGAUCCAGACGAUGAAUGGCUUUCAGAUCGGCAUGAAGAGGUUGAAGGUCCAGCUCAAACGACCCAAGGAUUCCGCCAGGCCCUAUUAG